AUGGGUGCCGCCCAAAACGCACAGAGCGAAGCGCUCGCCAACCUUCUCAAAACUGGCAAAUACUCUGAUCUCACGAUUUCAUGCGGCAAAGAUCAAUACCGCGUUCACAAGGCAAUCAUUUGCCCAAGAUCAAACUUUUUCGAGGCCGCUUUCUCCGGCGAAUUCAAAGAAGCACAAACAGGCGAAAUCGACUUGCCCGAUGACGAUCCGGUUGCUGUGCGAAUGAUGAUUGAGUAUCUCUAUCAUGAUACGUACAUACCGCCUCCCCGUGACGGCGCUGCCGGUACGCCAUCCUCUGCUGCCGACAAUAGUGAGGAGAAAGACAAGAGGAAGAGGGAACUCUGCGACGCAACUGUUGCCGAGAACAAGAGGCUCAAGGGGCUCCCUUCCCGGCCGGAGGCUCCAAUUGCUCCCAUCUCUCAACCUGUACCCUCUGUCUUCGGUGCCGCCUCUACUCCUCCUCCUCCGCCACCGGCCGCUUCUCGAGAAUCCAGAAGAGCAUCCAGCCAGGGCCGACAAGGACGCGGCAUCUUCGCAGGCCUCAACUUGCCCUCAGGCCAUAAUCCACCUCAAGCUUCGCCCAAUCAAUCACUGUCCACGCCCCAUCCAAAUCCUUUCGCAUCACCUGCGCCAGCGUCAACACCGCUUCCCCCUUCGCGACCGUCCGCUCCUCAGCGACCCGCUCCUCCAGCAAACCUGCAUCUGCAUGCCAAAGUCUACGCCCUCGGUGAAAAGUACAGCAUCGAGCCUCUCAAAGCUUUGGCUCUCAGCAAGUUCGAAUCUGACAUUCGGACUAUUGGUCAAAAAGACGACUUCUUGGCGGCAAUAAGAGAAGCAUACACCUCAACCAUUGAAACGGACCGUCCUCUUCGUGAUGCCGUGGUCACGUUCUUGAGAAAACAGAAGCAUCUGUUGAAAAGGGACUACAUGAAGGCAGUACUCAAGGAGACAGCUCUGGGGUUUGAUCUGCUGAUGGAAUUGGCGUCGGAGUGA